AUGUAUAUUUUUAUCAGCGCUCCAAACGAAAGACACGAUAAAGUUAAAAUUUCAUGUACCCCAACUGAUAGCAUAGAACAUCUUCGUGACCUAAUUGCCAAUCAAUUUGGCCGCAACAAAUAUCCACCUGAUAGGCAACGACUAUUUUUUGGUGGAAAACAGUUGGAAAAUGGACAUAACCUUUUCCAUUAUGACAUAAAACACAAUACCACAGUAAUGCUUCUCAGGAAACAAAUCAUAGAAACACCACAUGCCGAAUCACAAGUUAUAUCGGUAAAUAUCUCUUUAAAGGUUGAAGAUUCAAAUCAACUUGCCGAAAAUGAAGAUGUGAGCUCCUCAAGUCAACCUGCCGAAAGUGAAGAAAUGGAUUCCUCAAGUCAACCUGCCGAAAGUGAAGAUGUUGGGAAUUCAUCAACAUUCAAUGGAAAUAAUAUAAUGGACGAUCCAAAUAAUUUUGAACGGGAAGAGAAGUACUUCUGCAAUAAUUGUGAAAAUAAGGGUAGGAAAUGUAAGGAAUGUGGCUGUAAUAUUUGCGGUGGAAAGGGUGAUGAAGAGCAUACUAUUGUAUGUGAUGAAUGUCAAUAUUAUUUUCAUUUCUAUUGUUUAUCACCUCCAAUCACGGAACUUCCAAGUGAUGAAUGGUAUUGUCGAGAUUGUAAACAUAAAAAUGAAGGGGUUGUAAUAGCUGGGCAAGGAUUGGAUCUUAAAAAGUCAAGAAAAUCAAAAAUGCCAUCGGCUACUCAAACCAAGAAAUGGGGAGGAGGUAUGGCUUGUGUCGGGCAAUCCAAAAAAUGCGAAAUAGUGGAUCCCGACCACUUUGGACCAAUCCCAGGCGUCCCAGUUGGAUCGUCUUGGAAAUACAGGAUAUUUUGUUCUGAAGCAGGAGUUCAUCGUCCACCCGUUGCUGGUAUUGCUGGAAAGUCCAGCGUUGGCUCCGUUUCUAUUGUACUUAGUGGUGGAUACCCUGAAGAUACAGACUAUGGUGACGAAUUUUACUAUACUGGAAGUGGUGGUCGAGAUCUCAAGACCGGUAAUAAACGAAUUGCAGCUCAGACAUUUGAUCAAAUUUUGAAUAAAAAUAAUGAAGCUUUAGCCAGGACUUGCGAUACUACGAUUGAUAAUAUAAAUGGAGGCAUUGCGAAAAACUGGAAAAAGAGCUUACCGGUUCGGGUUUGUCGCUCCUCAAAAUUAGCAAAGCAUAAUCCAAAAUUCGCACCAGAAGAAGGGAUUAGAUAUGAUGGAAUCUAUAAGCUGGUUAAAUAUUGGCCAGAGGAAGGGAAAACCGGGUUCAAAGUUUGGAGGUUUCUUAUGCGUCGUGACGAUCCUGAACCAGCUCCAUGGACCAAAGAAGGAAAGAAUCGAAUUAAAGAAUUAGGUUUGAAAAUGUACGUGGGAGAUGAUGAUGUAAGACCAAAGAAGCGUGCGCUUAAUUCUGAUGAUGAAGGUGUAAAACCUAAAAAAGCCAAAAAAUUUGAAUUAUCGGCCACUUUUAAGGAGCUGAUUAAAGAAGACAAAGAUAAUCAACGAUCUUGGACAGCUGUCCUUGAAUCAAAAUUCGAAAACCACAAUGAAUUAAUUGAAAUUAUCUCUGAAAAGGAGUUCAAAUGUCCUGUUUGCUUUGGAUUGGUUGAUCAGCCUGUCACUACAGCUUGUUCUCAUAAUGUUUGCCAAGAAUGUCUUUCUCGAAGUAUUGAAAUUAUGGGUAGAAAAUGUCCUCAAUGUAGAACUGAGUUUCCGGCUGACUUUAAACUCAAAUCGAACAAAAAAUUGAUCAAGGCAUUACAUGAAGUUCUUCCAACUUAUGACUUGGGCGAUUCGAAACCUAGUAUUUCGAAGAAGAAUAAAGGCAAAGGCAAAUCGCAUUAA